AUGGCAGAUGAAAAAUUAAAAAGCGAGGGCAAACGGAACAUAAUAACUAUGAUGAGAGAGGCGAUGAAAAUCAGAGCAAAUGACGAAAUAGACAGAUAUAAUUUAGAUAGUAAUUUAGAUAGUAAUUUAGAUAGUAAUUUAGAUAGUAAUUUAGAUAGUAAUUUAGAUAGUUAUUUACCUAGUAAUUUAGAUAGUAAUUUAGAUAGUGAUUUAGAUAGUAAUUUAGAUAGUAAUUUAGAUAGUAAUUUAGAUAGUAAUUUAGAUAGUAAUUUAGAUAGUAAUUUAGAUAGUAAUUUAGAUAGUAAUUUAGAUAGUAAUUUAGAUAGUAAUUUAGAUAGUAAUUUAGAUAGUAAUUUAGAUAGUAAUUUAGAUAGUAAUUUAGAUAGUAAUUUAGAUAGUAAUUUAGAUAGUAAUUUAGAUAGUAAUUUAGAUAGUAAUUUAGAUAGUAAUUUAGAUAGUAAUUUAGAUAGUAAUUCAGAUAGUAAUUUAGAUAGUAAUUCAGAUAGUAAUUCAGAUAGUAAUUCAGAUAAUAAUUUAGAUAGUAAUUUAGAUAAUAGUAAUUUAGAUAGUAAUUUAGAUAGUAAUUUAGAUAGUAAUUUAGAUAGUAAUUUAGAUAGUUAUUUAGAUAGAAAUUUAGAUAGUAAUUUAGAUAGUAAUUUAGAUAGUAAUUUACCUAGUAAUUUAGAUAGUAAUUUAGAUAGUAAUUUAGAUAGUAAUUUAGAUAGUGAUUUAGAUAGUAAUUUAGAUAGUAAUUUAGAUAGUAAUUUAGAUAGUAAUUUAGAUAGUAAUUUAGAUAGUAAUUUAGAUAGUAAUUUAGAUAGUAAUUUAGAUAGUAAUUUAGAUAGUAAUUUAGAUAGUAAUUUAGAUAGUAAUUUAGAUAGUAAUUUAGAUAGUAAUUUAGAUAGUAAUUUAGAUAGUAAUUUAGAUAGUAAUUCAGAUGGUAAUUUAGAUAGUAAUUCAGAUAGUAAUUCAGAUAAUAAUUUAGAUAGUAAUUUAGAUAAUAGUAAUUUAGAUAGUAAUUUAGAUAGUAAUUUAGAUAGUAAUUUAGAUAGUAAUUUAGAUAGUAAUUUAGAUAGUAAUUUAGAUAGUAAUUUAGAUAGUAAUUUAGAUAGUAAUUUAGAUAGUAAUUUAGAUAGUAAUUUAGAUAGUAAUUUAGAUAGUAAUUUAGAUAGUAAUUUAGAUAGUAAAUUAGAUAGUAAUUUAGAUAGUAAUUUAGAUAGUAAUUUAGAUAAUAGUAAUUUAGAUAGUAAUUUAGAUAGUGAUUUAGAUAGUAAUUUAGAUAGUAAUUUAGAUAGUAAUUUAGAUAGUAAUUUAGAUAGUAAUUUAGAUAGUAAUUCAGAUAGUAAUUCAGAUAGUAAUUUAGAUAGUAAUUCAGAUAGUAAUUCAGAUAAUAAUUUAGAUAGUAAUUUAGAUAUAAGUAAUUUAGAUAGUAAUUUAGAUAGUAAUUUAGAUAGUAAUUUAGAUAGUAAUUUAGAUAGUAAUUUAGAUAGUAAUUUAGAUAGUAAUUUAGAUAGUAAUUUAGAUAGUAAUUUAGAUAGUAAUUUAGAUAGUAAUUUUAGUAAUUUAGAUAGUAAUUUAGAUAGUAAUUUAGAUAGUAAUUUAGAUAGUAAUUUAGAUAGUAAUUUAGAUAGUAAUUUAGAUAGUAAUUUAGAUAGUAAUUUAGAUAGUAAUUUAGAUAGUAAUUUAGAUAGUAAUUUAGAUAGUAAUUUAGAUAGUAAUUUAGAUAGUAAUUUAGAUAGUAAUUUAGAUAGUAAUUCAGAUAAUAAUUUAGAUAGUAAUUUAGAUAGUAAUUUAGAUAGUAAUUUAGAUAGUAAUUUAGAUAGUAAUUUAGAUAGUAAUUUAGAUAGUAAUUUAGAUAGUAAUUUAGAUAGUAAUUUAGAUAGUAAUUUAGAUAGUAAUUUAGAUAGUAAUUUAGAUAGUAAUUUAGAUAGUAAUUUAGAUAGUAAUUUAGAUAGUAAUUUAGAUAGUAAUUUACCUAGUAAUUUAGAUAGUAAUUUAGAUAGUAAUUUAGAUAGUGAUUUAGAUAGUAAUUUAGAUAGUAAUUUAGAUAGUAAUUUAGAUAGUAAUUUAGAUAGUAAUUUAGAUAGUAAUUUAGAUAGUAAUUUAGAUAGUAAUUUAGAUAGUAAUUUAGAUAGUAAUUUGGAUAGUAAUUUAGAUAGUAAUUUAGAUAGUAAUUUAGAUAGUAAUUUAGAUAGUAAUUUAGAUAGUAAUUUAGAUAGUAAUUUAGAUAGUAAUUUAGAUAGUAAUUUAGAUAGUAAUUUAGAUAGUAAUUUAGAUAGUAAUUUAGAUAGUAAUUUAGAUAGUAAUUUAGAUAGUAAUUCAGAUAGUAAUUUAGAUAGUAAUUCAGAUAGUAAUUCAGAUAAUAAUUUAGAUAGUAAUUUAGAUAAUAGUAAUUUAGAUAGUAAUUUAGAUAGUAAUUUAGAUAGUAAUUUAGAUAGUAAUUUAGAUAGUAAUUUAGAUAGUAAUUUAGAUAGUAAUUUAGAUAGUAAUUUAGAUAGUAAUUUAGAUAGUAAUUUAGAUAGUAAUUUAGAUAGUAAUUUAGAUAGUAAUUUAGAUAGUAAUUUAGAUAGUAAUUUAGAUAGUAAUUUAGAUAGUAAUUUAGAUAGUAAUUUAGAUAGUAAUUUAGAUAGUAAUUUAAAUAGUAAUUUAGAUAGUAAUUUAGAUAGUAAUUUAGAUAGUAAUUUAGAUAGUAAUGUAGAUAGUAAUUUAGAUAGUAAUUUAGAUAGUAAUUUAGAUAGUAAUUUAGAUAGUAAUUUAGAUAGUAAUUUAGAUAGUAAUUUAGAUAGUAAUUUUAGUUAUUUAGAUAGUAAUUUAGAUAGUAAUUUAGAUAGUAAUUUAGAUAGUAAUUUAGAUAGUAAUUUAGAUAGUAAUUUAGAUAGUAAUUUAGAUAGUAAUUUAGAUAGUAAUUUAUAUAGUAAUUCAGAUAGUAAUUUAGAUAAUAGUAAUUUAGAUAGUAAUUUAGAUAGUAAUUUAGAUAGUAAUUUAGAUAGUAAUUUAGAUAGUAAUUUAGAUAGUAAUUUAGAUAGUAAUUUAGAUAGUAAUUUAGAUAGUAAUUUAGAUAGUAAUUUAGAUAGUAAUUUAGAUAGUAAUUUAGAUAGUAAUUUAGAUAAUAGUAAUUUAGAUGGUAAUUUAGAUAGUAAUUUAGAUAGUAAUUUAGAUAGUAAUUUAGAUAGUAAUUUAGAUAGUAAUUUAGAUAGUAAUUUAGAUAGUAAUUUAGAUAGUAAUGUAGAUAGUAAUUUAGAUAGUAAUUUAGAUAGUAAUUUAGAUAGUAAUUUAAAUAGUAAUUUAGAUAGUAAUUUAGAUAGUAAUUUAGAUAGUAAUUUAGAUAGUAAUUUAGAUAGUAAUUUAGAUAGUAAUUUAGAUAGUUAUUUAGAUAGUAAUUUAGAUAGUAAUUUAGAUAGUGAUUUAGAUAGUAAUUUAGAUAGUAAUUUAGAUAGUAAUUUAGAUAGUAAUAUAUAUAGUAAUUUAGAUAGUAAUUUAGAUAGUAAUUUAGAUAGUAAUUUAGAUAGUAAUUUAGAUAGUAAUUUAGAUAGUAAUUUAGAUAGUAAUUUAGAUAGUAAUUUAGAUAGUAAUUUAGAUAGUAAUUUAGAUAGUAAUUUAGAUAGUAAUUUAGAUAGUAAUUUAGAUAGUAAUUUAGAUAGUAAUUUAGAUAGUAAUUUGGAUAGUAAUUCAGAUAGUAGUUUAGAUAGUAAUUUAGAUAGUAAUUUAGAUAGUAAUUUAGAUAGUAAUUUAUAUAGUAAUUUAGAUAGUAAUUUAGGUAGUAAUUUAGAUAGUAAUUUAGAUAGUAAUUUAGAUAGUAAUUUAGGAAAUAAUUUAGGAAAUAAUUUGGGAAAUAAUUUAGGAAAUAAUUUAGGAAAUAAUUUAGGAAAUAAUUUAGGAAAUAAUUUGGGAAAUAAUUUAGGAAAUAAUUUAGGAAAUAAUUUAGGAAAUAAUUUAGGAAAUAAUUUAGGAAAUAAUUUAGGAAAUAAUUUAGGAAAUAAUUUAGGAAAUAAUUUAGGAAAUAAAUAA